GGUUUUGAUACUUGAUUUGUGCUUCAUGCCUUGAAGUGUUUUCACCAUAUUCGUUUGAGCUAGAAUUUUGGGCAGAUCUGCGGGUAAUCAUUAUAGGGUUUUCUUGUUUGAUUCGAUUUUCCCGUUUAGGUUGGUUGCAAGCUAUGCAUCUGUAAUCACGUGCUCCAAAUCGUUCAUAUAGAACUUGCAUUUUGAAUUGUUUUGACGAGUUUUGUUUUUGUUUACUGGAGAAAGGACAUAUAUAUGGUUGGUCAAAAGGAAGCGAAGCACGCUUGUUUCAAAGGGUUGCGUCUGAGGUUUAAGGAAGAUAUAAUAAGCCAGCUACCAGAUCCUUUGAUAUGUCACAUACUUUAUCAUCUUCCUUUACAGGAAGCUGUUAAGACUAGCGUUUUGUCCACCCGAUGGAGAAGCCUCUGGCUUUGGGUUCCUCGUUUGGAACUUAACUCCCAAGACUUCACAGAUCUAAACGCCUUUGUGAGUUUUGGCAACAUGUUUUUCAACUCCGAUAGGGCUUCAUGCAUACACAAACUCAAGUUAACUAUUACUAUUGGUGAAAUUGACAAUGUUGCUUCCUAUGUCUCGUCCUGGAUUGAUGCAGCUAUCAAACGUAAGGUCCAACAUCUAGAUUUACAUUGGUGUGGAGUGUCCAACUUCUUUACCAAACCCUUAAAGUUGUAUAACAGUGAGACUUUGGUAGACUUAAAACUCUCUCAAGUACUCUUGGAUGAUGCCACGCUUGUUUACUUGCCUUGUCUAAAGACUAUGCAUUUAGAAGAUAAUUGGUAUCCCAAUGAAGCCACUUUUGAGAAACUUGUAUCAUCAUGCCCUGUCCUUGAAGAGUUAAAUCUUACUAUUCAUCAGGAAGAUACAAAAACCUUUAGGCUGCAGUCUCGGUCACUAAAGAAGCUCAAUUUAGUACGAGCUCAUUUUCACUUUCGUUCAUCUGAUCCGGGAGUUGUGAUUGAUGCUCCUCUACUAUGUUGUUUGAGCAUUUACGAUUACGCAUCAGAAAGCUUUAUAGUAAACAACUUGGAGUCCAAUGCCAAGAUAGAUAUUUCUCUCCUCUUUGGUUCGGGGUUUUUUGAUGAACGCAAGAGAAGUAACGUCCACAGUUUUCUCCUCGGGAUCACUAGGGUCAUGGAUAUGACGCUAUGUGCCAACACUUUCGAGAUAAUCUGUCGUCAAUAUUCAGAAUUAGACCUGCUGCCUCGCUUUGGUUACAUGUCCCACCUGCAUGUUACUUUACGUAUAUCCGAUUUGAAAUGGUUACCAACCUUUCUUGACAGCUGCCCGAACGUGAAGUCUUUCGUCUUGAGUUGGUUUUGUGAUUAUGAGAAAAUGAUCUCCGAGGAAAUGAGUUUUCCAUUUGUACCUCAGUGCAUGUUAUCGUCUCUAGAGUAUGUUGAUUUCAAAGUCCGAAUCUUGGGACUCACGGCAGAGAUGAAGCUAAUAAGGUACUUUAUAGAGAAUUCAGCAAUUCUCAAGAGACUCACUCUACGUUUGGUGGGUAAUUCAGCUAGAGAUAAUUAUACUCUCAAAGAACUUCUCCGAAUCCCAAGAGGCUCUACCAAUUGUGAAGUCGUUAUCCUUUGAUUGGUAAAAGACUAAAGAGUAGCUAGAGGUUUUGUGGUUUCUGUGUCAAGUGUAGUUUCAUAAGCGCAAAUUAUUUCAGGAAUCUCCAAACUAUCCUCCCUCCUAUGAUUGGGCAGUGUAGACUUUUGAUAUGUUCCUUUUUAUUCAUAAAAUCAACAUGUAGUUUUGGUGGUUUAUAUGACAAUAUGCAGUUUCCUGGCAAGAACCAUUAUUAGUUUGAUUUGCUCAUUCAUUUCUGAGUUUCCCAUGGCAGCUCUUAUUAGAGAACUCUUGGUGAAAUCAAACUGAGCCAUUAACUUUCAUUAAUAUGAGACAUAGAGACAAAUAAAAAUUGAUCUUACAGACCAAACAAAAUCUACGUUGAAUAAACUGAAAAUCUGGUAACAAAGAGAAAAGUUUGAUAGUCGAAACGAGACGCUUUCUCUUUCUCUCCAACUUUCCUCUCGAAACUCAAAACAAAAUCUGAUAAAGCUCCGGCGUCCGGCUAGCGCGUGAGCACCACCACCGGCGCCGGAGGCUCCCUUCUCUCUAUACCUCGGUUUUUCCCUUUGCUUCUCCACCGGUUUGUCCUUCUCCCAUCCGAUAUGCUUCAGAAACUGGUUUUGGGUUUUGUUCCCGGUGAAGGCCUUGCUCGAGAGAGGUUCGAUCUGGUGAUGUUCCGCUUUAUCUGGUCUCUUGGCGAGGUUGUGUAGUGAUUUCAGGUGGUUUGGAGCCGGCUUUUAGGGUUUAAUGGAGGAGAUCUGAUUUUUAACACUUUCAGAUUUGCUCUCGGUGCUCAUCGUCCUUGGCGGAGGAGUGAAGGUUUGGCUUCCCUGGUUUGAGGUUCAUUGUAAUCUCUGGCCGGUGGUGUCGUUCGGUAUCGUCGGUGGACAUAACUUCUCUCCUCGGUGUCUUGGAGUUUGGGUGUCUAGUCGGCGGUGUCUAGUGAACUCCGGAGGAUCCUUCUACCUCGGAGCCGUGUCUUGAGUUUGGGCUACGCAGGCGGAGAUGGUGGCUCGACUCUGUUCCGGCACGUGGGGGUUACGAGAACAGCUUUAAAUGUAGUCGUCUAUGGCUCUUCGGCGGCUAUUCGUCGACCCUCUUCGCUAUGGACCUCCGCUGCUUUGUCUCUCUAUGGUUCUUCGGGUUGGUGAUGGCGGUCUUCCUCUCGAAGUUUGUCUCUCGGUUCACAUUGCUUCCUCUUCCCUGUUGGCACCAGGAAGAGGCUUAACAAGCACGGUCUUCUGCUUCUCGGUUCUCGACAAGCAGCAAAUGUCAAUGCGAAUUGAGCUUUUGGUCUUCAUUGGUCGUUUGCUCUUUGGCGCUUGGUGUCAACAUUUGGCUGAUUCACAUAUCCCAGUGUCAAAGGUGGUCACUUGAACAGCUUUGGUAGUGUGAUAAGCAUUUUUCGUGCAGGUUGGGAGGCUUUCUAUAUGGAGUUUGGUGGUGAGCACAAGCCCGAUUCUUGCAUUGUUCGGCGUUUGAGGUAAUUUUUCCUUGUAUGUCUUGCGCUUCAUCGACAAAGAAGAAUGCAAACCCGACAAGAUCACUGAUUAUCAGCUCCUUCAGGCGACGUCUCGGGGACUCCGGCAUCCGAGAGGUAAAACCCACUUCCCCGGGAUUAACAUCAAUAGAAGAGAACGGUCAUCGGUAGUUUAGUGAUUACUAAGCUAUUUAGCAGAACGCGUCGGUUUAGUGGUGGUGCGAAACUAUAUUAGCAAACGUAUUGAUCUAGAUUGUUUUGUUCGAGUCCGGUUUGUAUUUCGACUUUGACGCUCUUUCGGGUUGAUUAAAAAAAAAAAAAAAAAAAAAAAAAAAAAAAAGAAAAAAGUUUGAACCACAGCUUGUCAUA